UUUAACUGAUUACGCUCCCCUAGACAAUAACAUACCCUACAUAAACUUUCUUCACGAGGUUUCUGAUUUCACUGCUUCUGGAUUUUCAUGAUUUCAUGAAACUUUUCAUGUAAACAAAUGGUAAAGAAGAAUGGAUAAAGUGCUGAUUUCAUCUUGUAACAGCUACUGUAGAUACAUGUAUUUCAGGAAACUAUUUAAGCCUUUGAGACAGAAUAAAUACUUCCUGUCUUCCUUGACAUGUCAGAGAAAUAUUUACAGUUCUUCCCAGUCGUGUAAAAAUAGUUCGCUAAAUGGAGAAUGGACCUCAAAACUGUUAAAUUGUCGUAGAAGAAACAAUUCAUUUUCUGUUCAAAUGUGCAAUUUUCAUGGGAGCAAUCACUACAGUUCAAGAAGGAAAAUGGAUAAAACAUCAUCAAGUGAGGAUGAAAGAGUUCUUGAAAACUGGAAUUGGAACAUUAACUCUGAUCCUGGUCUUGGGACUUUAUAUGAUGAAAUGAAAAAAGAGUUGUCAACUAUUGAUUCUAAAACUGAGAAGGAGUCACAAGAAAAAGAUUACAGUAUUUCAGUAACUCUGACAGACGAGAGGAUAGAAGAAUUGACCAAGUCUUUUAAUCAGACCAGUAUAGCGGCUGUAGAAGUGGAAGAUUUAUCUCUAGAGGAAGUGGACGAUGUCCAGCCAGAGUGGGUUCCUCCUGUUGAAUUGAAAAGAGGAAGACAGGGUGUGUUUGAUUUAGAGGAGAUUGUAACAGUGCUGAGGGCAGGGAAUGCACGAGACAUUUGUGUGAUUAAGAUGCCUGACACCCUACAAUUAUCAGAUUAUAUGGUGAUAGCCACGGGAAUAUCAUUUAGACAUUGUCGGUCAAUGACUAAAGAUAUACAAUUCAUUCACAAGAGGAAAAAAUCUAAUAAAGAUUCUAUUUUGAAAGUUGAAGGUCUUGAUUCAGAAAACUGGUUGGCUUUUGAUUUAGGUAACAUAAUUCUGCAUCUAUUUACCCCAGAGACGAGAGAAUUGUAUGAUUUAGAGAGUUUAUGGACGGUGGGAGAGAAAUAUGAUGACAAAUGUCAGGAGAUAGAAGAUGAAUUUGGUCUACAACAAACUGACCUUGAUUGGCUCAAGCAACUGGACGUAGAAAUGACACAUGACAGAAAAACUUUUUAAUACAACAUACAGACCAGGAUUGGCUCAAGCAACUGGACGUAGAAAUGACACAUGACAGACAAACUUCUUAAUACAACAUACAGACCAGGAUUGGCUCUGGACUCAGAUCUAGGUGACACUAGACAAAAAACUUCUUAAUCAUGUUAAUCUACCAAACAGACUUGGAUUUGCAAAAUUUUAUAUCCUCAAGAAAAUCUUAAUAUAAAUUUGAAAAAACUGAG